AUGGAUCAACACGUGCCAUCCGCAAGGUCGAAACAAGGUACCGUCGUGGAGCAAAAGCAGCGGUUUCUACAAACGAGGAAACAUAUUCUAUCGCGUGGAAUACCGCCGUCGGAACGUCUACGCACACUUGCGCAAGAUGGUGGGAUCGAGCUCAGUGUCAUGAAGGGAGUGUUGGAUAAAGUCAACCGCAACCUUAAACAACACUCCCGAAAAGUGUACAGCCGCCAAAUGAUUGAGCAUGUUGUUGAGCAAAUAGACAUACUUUACUGGGAAUCUGGCGCGCAUCACGCCGACGACGAAGAAGUAAAUCCUCCGUCCGAUGCCCACGAAGACGACACGCACGCACUAUAUCAGAACGAUGACCUAACACUCGACGAAAACAUUGCGAAACUACCCACAACAUGGCCCGACCGUGACGCCGAGAUCACACAAGACCAAUAUCUCUCCUCCGUCUCGCGCCUUCAAGAACUUUCCGCACGCCGGCAGACGCUUCAGAACCGGCUCGACACAUACCGUACCUUGCUUUCGCUACUAGAACCUUAUCGAAAUCCCAAGGAGAACAUACAGCCAAAUUUGGUGUGGAAGGAUGCGCCGCUCGCGCCUGAGCUGACAAAGACACGGACGUUGGCGAUACGCGUUGCUGCACGUGUGGAAGAGAAGUUUGGCAACGUUCAAGUACCUUCCACGGCCGAAGACGACGAGAAUGUCGAUAUGGAAGGAUUAGAGAGUGAAGGGAGGCGGAGGGUCGAUAAGGUGCUGGAGAGCUGGUAUUAUUGA